UCGACAAGUCCAAUUAAUAAAGACAAAGGCUAUCAACUUAUAGGGACAGGGAUGCAAUACGUGGUCUUUGUCUCCUAUUUGUUGGUGUGGACGGUAGGCGAAGUGUGCAGUGAGUCCUCGAUGAUCCUGCAGCGUUUUUCAGCCGUCAACAGACACGGGAAAUUAGCUGACGCGACUCCCAUUUCUUCACAAGUCGUGUUCCUGCUCAGCACCUGCCUGGACAUGUGCUUUGCUGACCCCAACUGCUCCGCCGUGCAGUAUCAUUUACCCUCGAGGAGGUGCGAGCUGCUCAACAGGAGCCUGUGCGACGGAGGCGCUGACGGCGGGUCUCUCCUGCACGACUCCCAGUGGCGCUACUACGACCUCAACGCCACCAAAGCCGCGGCAAGCGGAGACAUUUUCAUCAACGAGACCCAGUGCGAGACUGAAGGGAAGUGUUCAGCGCAGUGUGCACGUGGAGCUGGAGAGUCGUGCUCCAGUGACGUGCAGUGCAAGGCGCUGUCGGAAGACCUGCACUGCAACACUGCGCUGUCUGCACCGCAGUGCAGCUGCAGGCCCGGCAUGUGGGCUUACAACGCCACUCACUGCGUACCCCAGCGAGUCUGGCGCAUGGCUCAGCAAACUUGGUUUGGCAAGCGGCUUGUGGGCGGCGUCUGCCAAGUGUCAAUAACAGUCCGGAGGACGGCUCACUUCCGCUUUCUCGUGGCCAACAACGAAGACUUCUACGGCGGCAAUUUGCGACAAAUUCAAAUUGGUCUUGGAACAGACAACAGUGGCACCCGAACGCUAAUUUAUAACUCCUCCCUCUGGGUUGACCCUUACUAUGUCAGCCCAACUCCAAUCUUCAACGGCACCUUCCAAGAGUUCACUCUGUCGUUCUGUGAUGGAGCUAUCAGAUUCGGCUACGCUGGAGAAGAGCCAUUUUUCAAGUACGAUGACCCGAACAAAUACGUUAUCAAAUACAUAGCGUUUUGGGGGGUCGUUAGAAAUGUUGGCAUCGACGACUACUUGUACGUUCCUAGCGCCCUGGUCGACCCGUACUACCCCUUCACCGUCCAGACAAACACUCUGCGCACGAACGGAAACUUUUGGCAAGUGUACGACCUCUCGCCCAACGGCAGCCGUCUGCACGACUUCAGCAUACGCUUCAUGUUCAAGGGCGGGGCUGACGCUAGGUUAGCCGUCUGGCAGAGACGCGACUACUCAUACCAAUAUCAACUACGACUGUUGAGGAACGAAGUGAUCUUAUACCGCUCCGACCUCGGUUGGUUCUACAACGUCUCGGCCCCUGACCUGACAUCGAGCUUGGAAUUUCGGUCUUAUUACAUAACCAUGAACUUUGGAACUUUCAGCUUUGGAUUACAAGGAUAUCCGACUCCUGUGAUGUUCUACCAGCGACCGGACAACUACACUGCAGGAUUUAAUACUCUCCUGAUCAGCGCGUGGUCGGGGUACAGCUACUGGCAGUUUCCGGACUUGCCCCACUUGGCCAACAACGGGGACGGCGGUGCCACGGUCCCUGAAGCCUGAGAAGCAUGUCAACUUGAUGUUAUACGUUAUAUUCUUUCGUAUGAGAACAUCAAAUGUGGUAAUUAGGAGUUGAAUUUAUACACAUGUUUUACCACUUAGUUAAUAAUUAGUAAAGGUGAUGGUGCGUUUUCACUAAAUACAUCUUUACCAAAGAUAUGUAACACUAACAUAAUGGCACUUUGGAAGGGAUUCAUUUAUUCACAGCUAAUUUUCACCUUUCUCCACCCUCUGAUUUAAUUAUCAUUAAACUUGAUUGAUGCUAAGGUACAACUUCCUGGGGCAUUGAAGACCUACUUAGUUUGAUACGAACAUCAAAUAAAAAUUUUACAGAGCCAAGCUUCUAUUACUAAAUAUGUUAAUCAAUCUUAUUAAAUUAACGAAACAAUCGGUAAAACUUUUUAAAUUAUCAAGCCUGGAUUCAUGCUAUCUACUUGCUCCUGAUGUCUCCGAAGAUACGUACAAUUAAAUCAGAAGGGAAGAUGUUAAUUAGAGUAUCUUUUGGAUAAGGAGUGGGAUA